AAAUUCUGAUUAACACAAUUUAAACUGGAAGUGCACACAGGUUUUUAUCAGUGAGGUCCAAACUGUUAUGAAACCAUGCAUAUUUCCAGGAUAUCUAUCUUCUGAUACAGUGCCAAUAAUCCACUCCUAUUGGAAGCUUGUUUUACAACCUACACACAGAGGCAGACUUUAACCAAAUGAAUGUGGCUAUGGAAGUGGAGAACCAAAACGCGUUCACAUUCACCUGCAGCAGCUCCUCCACUCCUGAUGAGUUACCUCCAGAAAACCAUGCUGACGGCAAUACUCACCGCACUGACAGCCCGACCCACCACACCUUCCACCUCGGCACUGUUAUCCCCAAUCGUAUUUUUGUUGGGGGGCUUGACUACAAGGUUAAUGAGAGCGACCUGCGACAUUUCUUCUCUCAACAUGGUGUAGUGAAAGAGGUGAAGAUUAUAACAGAUCGUUUAGGAGUGUCAAAAGGAUAUGGGUUUGUUACAUUUGAGACCGAAGAAGAUGCAAUGAAAAUCCUUCAUAACGCAAAUGGAAUCUGUUUCAAAGACAAGAGGCUCAGCAUCGGUCAGGCUGUCCGAAAGCAGCAAGCCUCAGGACAAAUUAAAAGUGUCCAUGUGGCCAGCCCUGACCCUGCAAUGCCUCUGCCAAUGUCCUGUGGGUCCCUCUCCUUGACCACAUCCACAGGCUAUCCCUACACCUACCACAACGGAGUGGCCUACUUCCACUGCCCCAACAUGAACCCUCCUGCCCACCACUGGCCUCCUUCUCCUCCAGUGAUACUCCCUCAGUCUCAGCCUGUCUACCAGCAACCAGCCUAUCACCACAACCAGUGUGUCCCAAACCAGUAUCAGUGGACCGUCGCCCAGUCGCCGAUCCCCUCCAGUCCAGUCAUGUACUCCCAGCAGCCAGAACAUCUGUACCAGCCCGUUGAUGGAAGCUGUGUCCAGCCUUCUCUGCCUGUCAUGGAGGACCCGACAACAGAGUUUGUAGAGCCCACAGUGCAGCAGCUCUACCAAGUGUAUCCUCAGAGAACAGAAGGAAUGGCACCCAUUGUUCUGCCACACGACCCUGGAAAGAAUCUGAUGUUUCCACACUCGCGGAUCCAACUGAAGCAGAAGUACCACAGACACGUCCACCACAAAGACUAUCACUACCUGCCAGAAGCAACAGAGCCACCAGACGUCUCCAUGUUUCACACCACCCAUCCUCUCAUGUAGGCUAAAUCCCACAGAGCACCACAACCCGUCAUGUCAGUUGCUCUUCCUCCUCCAUGGAAUUAACAUAUAUAAUCUAUCGACUGUUUAACCCAUGCCUUACAACACCAAACAAAGCCAAGGUAAGCUCACACCUUGUAGGCCUUACUAGACUGGCAGCACCCAGAUCUGUUUCUGUUUCUGAUGGUUUAAUACAGUAUCUUUGCUUUUCCCAAAAAUAUCAGUUAAAUUUGAUUGUGAAAAGCUGAAAACUAAAUAGCUUAUGCCACCAAAAAAAUCUUUUUUUUAAUUAAAUUUAUAAUAGCUGUAAACCUUACCAAUGUACAAUAUUGAGCAGAUACCUUUUUUAAAAACUGGGUAGAAAAUUUCUAAUUAUAUUAUAUACAUUUUCUAUUAUUUACAUAAACUAAACAAAAAAACAUCUGUGAACAGUACUUUAAAGCUCAGAUCUACAGACUUUCCAAUUUGAUUUAGCAUAACUUGAAACCUUGUUUUGUCCUUUUCAUUGCAUUAGUGUGAUAGCAGAAAACUCCUAACUACAUAUACACAAGCACAAUGAUGUAGCUGAGAAAAUCUUUUUUUUUUUCUUACCAUGUCAGUUCUUUCUCUUAUUUUAUUGUAUAAAGGAGCUAUGUAAUGCGUCCUCUGGAUAUUUGGAAGGCAACAAUGUUUAUUUAACAUGAGAGUAUAUGUUCAAUGAGUCAAUCCUAACAGUAUUUGGAUGCUCUGGAUGAGCCUCUGUUUGGCUUCAUCAGUGUUGGGACAUCUCAGGAUCCACUGUAUAAUUGGUCCUCAGCUAAUUAAUGUUAGAGCAGCGCUUAAAAACAUUGUUUUUUCGGUUUGAUGAUGUGAGGAAAUUUGUCUGCAGUAUUGUUACAUGACUGGCCUGUAUUUGUUUGAAACCAACUCUUAAUUGGUUUUAUAAUAUAAAACCAGCAAUAAGAAGGUGUAUUGUUGAAAUAGUACAGACGUACAGCAACAGCAACAUGACAAUUUAGUAUAGUCUAUAUAAAGUAGGCUGUUAGGUUGUUAGCUGUAUGUUAGCAGUUUUGUUUUUCAGGAAUCAUAAAUAUUGAUUAUAAUUGGAAAUAUAGAUAUUGAAGUUUGGCAGACAAAACUAUGUAAGAAGCAUUAAACACAUUUGAGCAGGUUAUGAUAUUUAAGCAUGCAGAGACAGAUUUGUAAGCACAUAAAAUGUUUCGAGUAACUUAAUCAAUUUAGUGUACUGCUGACAUUUGCAUUGUGCUCAAUGUCAUUUGUCAGUGUAAAUUAGUUCACUUACUUUAAAUGUGUUACAAAGUUGUUGUGCUCAUGUUCUGGAAUCUCAGGUUGUGUUGUUGAGUUCAAACGGGCUGUUUCCAAAUGUUACACAAGCCUGCCUUUAAUUGAAUAUAAAGUAUAUUCAAUUUAAAUGAUGAAUGUUACUGUAAACUAUUUCCCAUACACAUUUUAUUGCAAAACCUUUACUCUAUUCACUAGUUCUCACUCCUAGAAAUUCCCCUGUCAUUUAGAUUUAUGUGUGCCUAUAAUUCAGGUCAAAUGUACCCUAAAGUCUUUUUACACCUGCAGGAAUACACUUGAAAUUUUCAGUGUGCUUUUAUGACAUUACUAUUUGUCUUAUUGAAUUUAACUACAUUUUGUCUUGGGGCAUUUUUCUGCUAUUGGAAGCAGAAGGCUUUUUGUAUAACCAAAUAAUAGCCUAAUCUAAAAUAUUUUUGUGAUUUGUUUACGCUCUGUUGAAGAGAUAUAUCUAUGUAGUACAUAUUGAGCUCUGUAUAUUGGUGGUAUCAUAUGAUCAUCAAUCACGUUUUGUUUUACAGACAUUAUUUUUGUUUCCAGUUCUUGAAUGGAAAUAAAUGUUUCCCUUGGUGUA